CCAACAGUUGUAUUUGGGACUGUCUCUGUGCUUUUCCUUUAUAAGACUUUUGACGAUCAGUCAAGUUGUUUGAUCGACCAAAUUCGAUACAUUAUUGUGUAUUUUCUUAAUUUUUAUUCUAUCGACUCUUAAAUAUCAGAUAUUAAUAAGUGCCAAUUGUCGAGAUAUAUGAAAGGAAAUCAAUGGAACGUCACUAAAGUGUGACUCAUGUGAAUUUAUGGUGAUAAUCGUGCAUCAGAAUUUUAAAAAUUCUGUCUACAUUCAAAACGAUUUGGAAUAAAUUCCAAUAGAUUACAAUGGCGAUCACUGCCGUAACGAAUUGUCUGGGUCCUCCGCCCUUGCCACCUGGAAAACGAUUUCUGCAAAAGUCCUCGAGAAAGUUGUCGUCCACCUACAAAAGUUUUCGCGAUCCCGCUAUAGAGACCUGGCUUUCUCAUGGAAUUCCGGAAAAUUUAAUGGCGAAAUUACACCUAAACGAAAUGCCCGUGAGCAAGAUCGGUGUCAAUCAGAACCUGUUUAGGAGCUGUUCCGAAGGCAAUCUGCGCGCCCCGCGUGAGAACACAACAGUACUGCCGAGCAGUACGCCCCUGAACAAAUGCAUCAGAGCCAUUUAUGGUAGUUGGAAAAAUCUAUUACAUCUUGGCGGUAUGAGCCGGCCAUCUAAAGCCGUGACUCAAGCGAAGAAAGUAGCGCCACCAGCUGUACCAGACGUAUUUCGACACUCCGGUUCCUCUUUUGGUUCGGCUGGAUAUGCUAGCAGCGAAGAUAGCUGCUUCCUCUCCGGAAGCGGCCCCGGAGGCACGGCAGACGAUGGUUCCUACGGGAUGCCAUCUGGAAAAAGUCCAGGACCUAUUUUUACGCAUUCGGGUUUUGCCUUUCCGCCGGUGAUCGGCAAGUAUGCCCACGCCGAAGAUCAAGGUAUCGAUAUGACCCAGAGUCCUGGUAGAGACAGUCCUGGUAGUUCUGGAUCAGGUUCCGGCUCUAGACAUUCUACGGCGUCAUUGGAUUCUGGAAGAGCGUCUGGAUAUCACUUGGGACCUAGAGGACCCGGUGCUCUUGCCUCAUCUCCUAGAUGCUCCAUUAGUUCCCUCGGGAGUCAUCCUGACCGACCGGCAGACCUCGACGUCGUUCACGCUUGGUUAACUGAGCUUCAAUUUGAGGAAUACUUCCCCUUGUUCGCUUCCGCAGGUUAUGACCUUGCUACCAUAACGCGCAUGACACCGGAGGAUCUCACGGCUAUAGGCAUCAAGAAACCCAAUCAUAGGAAACGAUUAAAAGCGGAAAUAGACAAUUUGAAUAUAGGAGAUGGAUUACCAGAACACGUGCCCGGAUCGCUGGAAGAAUGGCUUAGGCUUCUCAGGCUCGAGGAAUAUCUUGGCGCUCUUCAUCAACAGGGUAUGCGAUCCGUCGAAGACGUGACAACUCUCACUUGGGAGGACCUUGAAGACAUUGGUAUCGUACGAUUAGGGCAUCAGAAAAAAUUAUUGUUAGCAAUUAAGAGAGUUAAGGAUAUUCGCGCUGGCAAACGUAUACAACCACUUGACCUGGCGCGCCUGCCGCCACAUCCUGGACACACGCAGGACGUUGUUAUUCAACGAGGUGGACCUGAUUUACCAUCGCCUGAUGAAGAUUGUUCCUCGCCUGUACUUAGAUCUUUUCAAAGGGGCGGAAGCGACGCUACUUCUUGUGUUACUUGGAAAAGUAUGUACGCUGCGUUUCCAACUGACUACAAUACAGUCGGCCGUACUAGCUCCCGAGGAAAAUCCUUGGAAAGUUUAGAAGACGCUCCACUUGUCUAUCCUCCAUCACCGGCGCCUACGUCGCAUCCACAACCCCUCGAGUGGCGUCCACGCAGUUUUGAGGAUGGCGAUCUUACACCUACAAAUGAUGCUUCCGUUGUGGAUGCUGGUGGCGGCACUCUUCCACGACCAAGACAUUGCCUCGUUCGUCCACGGCCCGUAGCCAAGGUCACUGCAACACCAGGUCAAUAUAAAUCCUUGCCGAGAGAUUUGGAUAACAAAUAUCAAUUAACGUACGGACUCGAAAGUAGUCCACAUCUUCCAAAACGAUGUCCUCCAUCACCACCAAGGCGUCAGAGCUCCAGAGACACAACUAGUUCUUCCGUGAUCGGCGUUAGCGGCACAGCGGUGGGUGACGUCGUGAUAGACUGCAGCGGGCCGGUGCCAACCGCUUCGUGCGACGAUCAUCACAUUCAUCAACAUCAUCAUCAGCAUCAUCAUCUGCUUCAUCACCCAGUGCCACCACCACCGGCGCCUACGCCGGCACCCUCCACACCGUCACAACUAAAUCGACCGUCUUCUUCCAUGUCACGUUCGUGGGGUAGCGUCAGCGUUAAUAUUAACGAAGAGCAUGAGCUAAUCGCAACUCUCGCCCUGCAGCAUCGCAACGGAUCAGAUGCUAGUUUUAAAUCAAGUUCCAGUACAGAAUCAGAUUCAUUGCCAUUUGCUAAUGAGAAUGCCGGCACGAUAAAGCAGAGGGCCAAUCGGGCACAGGAGUACAUGGCAGGUGGUCCUAAUAGUAAUAUCGGCGGUCACAUGGUCAAUCAUUCCAAUGGUGGUGAACCGGCGGAUGUUUUGAACGACAUUGGGAAUAUGCUUGCCAAUCUUACAGAUGAGCUCGACGCAAUGCUCGAAGAGGAGAAACGCCAGGGCCUGAACUCAUAAUCAUCACUGCCUUCGUUUGCACUUUUCUAUUCGACUAAAGUUCCCAUAGGAAUGCAGGCUUUGAUACAAUUAAAUAAACUUGAUUAGUGCAACGUACACAAUUAGACACAAGUGAAUACAAAUCACAGAAUAAACUGGUAUGAAUCGUAUUGAGAUUCGAAUAUCUGUAAGAUUUUUAAAGACGGAAAAAAUAUAUACCAAUAUACAAAUCUAUUAUCUUCGUUGCGAAAAGAACAGAAUCCUCUAUUUGAAAAAGAAAACAAAUGACAUAUUAUGUCGCUCGAAAUUCACGAGAAUAUUUUGUUUUGUAUUAUAUAGAUUAGUGCAUAUCCGAGAUGUAUUUUUGCGAUUUAUGCUUUUUGCUUCGAUUUUUUUGUUUCUUUAUUGAGAGAAGAAAUAUUCUUUAUUUUUGCAUGGAAACGUAUUAAAUGUUCUUAGCAAGUUUCCAAACGCAGCUGUAGUAUUAUAUCUGUAGUGGUAUUGCACAAUCUUUUUCUACUUCUUUUUGGAGUAGUUAUAGAAUUAUAUAUUUUUUUUAUUUUCCUUUUUACAAUGGACAAUAUUAGAAACGAGUGAUAACUUAAUACGUGUCGCUCUAUUCUAUAUAAUAAAUUAGGGCAGCCCAGUAUUCAAACAAAAUGUGAAAUACGUGGCGGAGGGAGAGGGAGAUGGAAAAAAUUUUUUUAACGAAUACAGAUAUAUUUGUGUAAUUUAUUUGUACUGCAAAUUGUGCAAACAAUUUAAAAAGAACACGUGUCUUUUGUAUAAAGCCUUUUUAUAUCUGCAACAAAUUUCUAACUAAUCUGACUCAAAUUUCUAAUCAAAUCUGACCCCUCCUCUAUAAAAGAAAUUUAGUUUUCGUUAAUAUACGUACAUUCCAAUUAAUUUUUCCAUUUCCGUCCUUCAUAAAAUCGAUAAAUACGAUAGAAAUCGAAAUUUUCUACUCAUAGUAGUUGACUUUAUAUAAAAACAAGGUGCAAAGAAAGAUAAUCAUGUAUUCCAUCGUCCAAAUGAAGCAGCUCCGAACGUUAGAGAUACAUGCAUAAGGAGAUUGUUACAAUGGUAAAAAAAAAAAAAAAAAAAAAUGAAACAGCUAGCCUUGACUGCAUUCUAAUGAGUUUAUAGGAUCUUGUAUGAUUUUUUUAAAAGAUCAUAAGACACUGACUAGUGCUAUCUCUUUAAUACUGAUAGUGCUUUCUUCUAUGAGAGAUGUUAUCGCGAUCGUAUAUUUAGAAUUUCAAGGCAAUAUGGUUUAGUACAGAAAUAUAAGUAAUGAAUGCCAAUUAACAUUUUGUAUUUAUUAUCUGUACUAAUGAAUGUAGAAACGUAAAUAACUUACCGUUAUUGUAUGGCACAUCCAGACAUGCGAAGCAGUUUGGAUCCAUACGUAAAUCAAACGAGCUAUGGGGACACUUUUGAGAUAGAUACUCGGAAAGGUCUUCUGAAAAUGCGCGUUACUGGUACGUUUUGCGAUCUGAAUGUAAUAUUUUGCAAGGAAUUUUUAUAAAGUAUAUAUGAGACAUAGUAUUGGAAGUUAAUAUUAUAUGGAAAACAUUUUUUAUCUAUCUUUGCAAUAACUCGCUGAUGCAAGCAGAGAUUCAAAUUAAGGGUCCCUCGAAAACAACAUGAUAAACGUUUUAUAUUUAACUCUUAAUACUUCAAUGCAAGCUGAAAAAAUGUUUUUUGUAUUAUUCCCAGACAGAUUUUAUUAAUAAUUUGAUACUAAUUAUAUUAUAUUAUAUAUAUACAUAUAUAUGCUAGUUAUUAUUAAUAUUGCAAAAAUUAUUUAUAUGCCCAUUUCCAUAAUAAAAGAUCACUUUACGUACCAGUUUUGAUGACUGAAAAUGCAUAACGCAUGAUUUAUGAUAAAAUAUAUAAUUAUGACACUA